AUGUUUACCUCUCUCAUUGCACUCCUCCCCCUCCUCGCUCUCCCCCUCUCACACGCUGCCGGCGCCUCAGACCCCCGCGAACUCGACUCGCGGGCCAUCUACGACGCCGACGCCGCCCUCGCUCCUCGCGGCACUGAUGCUCCCGUCAACGCGCACGGACACGGUGCCAACGGCUUCCGCUCCAGGGCCCACACCUCUGGCGUCCGUCGACGCAGAAACCACGGCGAGGCUGGCCAGAAGCUCGUCAGGAGAAAGGUGAACGGCGGCAAGGAAAACAAGGAAAAGCGCACCAGCGAGAAAAAGAAGAGGUCUUGCAAGGCCAAGACGAGCGAAGCUGCCUCUUCUUCCACCGCCUCGUCCUCUGCAAGCCUCGCGUCGGCUGCCUCCAGUGCUGUGUCUAGCGGGUCUAGCUCAGCGACCGCCGCCAGCUCUGCCGCUUCUCUCACCAACUAUGCGUCUUCUGCCGCGUCCUCCAUUGCCACUGGUACCGCGUCGGCAUCUACCAACGACACGGGCGAUAAUUGGACAGCUUCGGUCAGUUUCCAGACCACCUACACGGUCGGAAACAAUGCUACGGCUACGGCUACCGCGACUGCCACCAGCUCUCAGGUGGCCAACGCCACUGCUUCGGCCUACGAGAGCGAGCUCUUCCCUUGGGGUACCGGUCUUGCCUCGUGGACGACUUCUGACGGUCUCUUGUCUUACGACAGCGCCUUGAAGCCUUUGACGUCUGGUAAACUCGCCGACACUACCAACGCGCCUGAUGGCACCUCUGCCCUCUACGCCUCCUACCCCAGCGGUACCUACGGUCUCUCUUCCGACACCGGUUCUGGUUUCUCUUUCUACUCGCCCGGUUACUCUGGUGUCGAGAUCGACAAUGCCACCGAAGUCAUGCUCUCCUACUCUAUCUGGUUUGACAGUGGUUUCCAGUUCAACAAGGGCGGCAAGCUUCCCGGUCUUUACGGCGGUACCAGCUUGAGCGCCGCCAAGAGCUGCAGUGGUGGUAGGCAAAACGACAGGGGCGACUGCUUCUCUGCCAGGUUGAUGUGGAGGACCAACGGUGCUGGUGAGAUCUACGACUACCUUCCCGUUUCCUACACCGAUUCCGACAGCGGCUACGGCGAGUCUAUUGACCGAGGAGCGUUCACCUGGGCCACCGGCGAGUGGGUCACCGUCGCCAACCGAGUCAAGCUCAACGACGUCGGCUCUGCCAACGGUGAGCAAGAGAUCACCAUCAACGGUGAAAGCAAGAUUAGCAUCACUGGUGUCACUUUUGCUACCAAGGACAACACCAAGAUCUACGGUAUCAUGGCGCAGACCUUCUUUGGUGGUCACGACAGCGACUGGGCUUCUCCCCAGGACCAAAAGGCCUACUUCAAGGACUGGUCUAUCGCCGUCCUCGCCUAA